AUGUCGAAAUCGAAAGUUGACGCUGUGAGUAUAUUCGUUAGAUUGAUCUUUUUCUGGCGCGUCUUGGGCUUUACCACCAACUAUAACAAGCAUUUGGUGCGAAUCUAUGACGUAUUUGUAACGAUAAUUGUGACACUGGCAUUUCCAAUGCACCUCAUGCUGGGCGUGAUUUUCGCCAAAGACAAGGAAACUAUAUUCAUCAACUUGGCCAUCGGCAUAUCGUCAAUCGCUUGCACCGCCAAACACUUUAUGCUGCGUCCGAGCAUUGAUAAAAUCUUGUAUGUGAAUAACAUACUCCGGCAGCUGGAUGAACGCGUGCAAAAUGUUGCGGAUACGGAUUACUACGUCAAACAAAUGCGUGAGAAAGCCAUCUUUAUGAUAAACUUUUUCAUCGUCGUCUACUUCUCCGUGGCCAUCAUGGCGUUGCUGUCUGCCUUAUGGACCGGCAAAAUACUCUAUCCGGCUUAUGUUUUGCUCGAUUGGCAAAGCGGGACCUGGAGGUACUUGGCGGUUAUGACUUUCCAAACGUUCGGUUUAAACAUGCAAAUCGUGCAAAAUCUCACGAACGACGCAUACGGACCGAUGGUGCUGUGUAUGCUCUCCGGACAUGUGCAUUUGCUCUCAAAUCGUGUGAUACAUAUCGGACAUGAUCAUGAAACCGAUGUGGAUGACAAUUAUGCUGAGUUGGUGCGCAGCAUUGAAGACUACAAGUUGCUGAUGAGGUGA